AUGCUCUCCUGGCGGAAGGAAGAUGCAGGGAAACAGUCAAGAAAGGCGAGAUUAGAGGGUCUAAAAGAGGCCGGAAAGGCUGCUGGACGGGGUGGUGGAGGGCGCAAGUCUGACCGGAGCGUCAAGAGUUGGACUGACGGUUGCACACGCCGUGGGAGGCUUUCGUCUGUCGUCGUCUUCGUCCUCUUUUGCUGCUCGCCUGCUGCUGCUGCUGCUGGUGGGCGGUUUUGCGGGCGAGCGAGCGAUGUGACCCUCGGGACGACGAUCAGCGUAAAAAAGGACGUCGAGGUUUUUUUUUUUUGCCCUCUCUUUGACCUGGAUUUUUUUUCUUCUUCUUCACCCGCAGGCCAAACGAGUCAUCCUGCGAGACUCUGGUCGACCGUCUCCUUUCUUUUUUCUUCGCCGGUGGAGUCGACGGCUGUUUUCUUUGCUGGAGACAGUCCCGAUUGCACGGCCGGCUUCAUCACUGCCAGUGGUGGUGGGCUUCUAGAGACGAGAGACGGCCAUGCCUACGCCAGGGAGAGAGAGAGAGAGAGAGGCAGAGAAGACAGACCGAGAGGGAGUUUUCCUUUCCUCCAGCUACGAUCGAAGGUACGAGAGGCAGAGAAAAAGUUUCUACUUGCAUAUCCGUAUACAUAUGGUACUAAUAUACGCCUAUGGAACCAUGUUGAAGAAAAGGCUGUGUUCCUCGCUGUUACAUCUGACGUUGAGUUGGCUCUUGGAUUGGGAUACAGACUGAGAAUCAGGGAGAGCAGAGACAGAGAGGACAGGAUAGCCACGCAGCAGGAGAGGACUAGUUAA